UGACUGCCUGCAUACCAAGGACGGAGAUUGUUUCUUCCUCGAAUGUGGUUCGGUUAUGGUCAGCCAUGCCGUGAGCCGAGUAAUAACAAGGCUGUGGAAGUCAGUCAACGAAUAUGCAGGACGUCUCGUGGUGAUUCGUGGUGAUACAACAGGCUGAUAUCGAUUCUCCGAGGAUGUGAGAAGGUUUGGAAGUCAUAUGGAACAAGACGGCGUGGAUGAUCAUCCAGAUCUAGAUUUAUAACAUCCAAUAACCUCUCCACGAACACCCGCAAGGAAGGGAUCGUCCCCGAGACUAUAUAAUCAUCAGAUAUCCCCAACUCUACCCCGUUCCUUCCCUCCCAUAUACCGUAAACAUAAAUCAUACACAAUGAAGACCUCUCAAUAUCUCCUCGGUGUCGCUGCUGCCGCUGGCGUGCAGUUGACCUCUGCAGCCACUCCAGCAGGCUCCUCCCCUCAGGUCCCCAACACCCUUGGCCUCGUCUUCGCCAACAACGUCGUCCAACCCGGCGAACUGAUCGCUCAAUCAGUCGUCGAUGCAGCCCAACCUUCCGUCUACGCCCCCAACCCCCGAAACCGCAACCGCGGUCUCAAGAAACACAAACCAAAGAAGGACCAAACCUACCUCUUCACCCUCGUCGACCUAAACCUCCCCUACUUCGCCCUCCCAAACACCACCGAUUUCGCCUCUUUGGUCCCAGGUAUCGGGCCCAACCGCACCACACGCCUCCAUUGGUUCGAAUACAACGUGCACGCCAUCCCUCCCCACCAACAACUCCAAAACUUCUCUGCCCCAAUUGCAGACUAUCAAGGUCCCAUGCCGCCACAGGGUGACGAGGCGCAUAAUUACGUCUUGUAUUUGUUUGAGCAGCCCGAGGGGUGGAAGCCUGAAGUGGGGGCUAUGCAGAGGUAUAAUAACGCCAGUGAUUCGUUCGCGAGGAUGAAUUUCAGUGUGGAGGCGUUGAGUGAGCAGGUUGGAAAGCCGAUUGCUGCUAAUUACUUUUUGACCGAGAAUGAGAAUAACACAAAGACUGCUUAGAGUUUGGGGGGGGAGGGAUGUAAUGGGGUGCGGUUUGGAAAGAGAUGUUAGGAGUCAAAUACAAAAGCAGUGGUUGAAGAAUAGCACGAUGAAACUAGAGCUGG